AUUUAAUAUCAAUAGCGUUUAGCUAGACUAUUUAUUGCAAACAUUCGCCAAAACAAAGAGUAAAACCAUAACCAAGCUGCUUUUGAAACCUUUUGUUUUGGAAAGCAUAGACAGGAAAUGCUCUCAUUUUGUACGCUGGAGGGCUUUACGAUGGUAAAACGAGCCGAAGACGCAGGCAAGACGUUAUGGGAUGAGAACAGACGAGUGUGUAUCAGUGUUUCCAGCUACUGACAGUUUAUUGUGACGCAGAAGACACGCAGAAGGAUCCGCAGGGCUCAUGUAGACCAGCAGGCAGACUAACCACCGGGACACGGGAGCGCUGCGGGGGUCUGGAAAAUGGGAGCGGUGAAGUGAAAAGACGGCCAAAAGUCUGGAUGAAAGGCACCAAAGUAAGUUACUCGGAACAUAGGCUGACGAGAAGUUCUGAAAAGCAUAAUGGAACUCCUUCUGUGGCUUGGACUGUCACUUCUGACCUCAGUCCAGUCCAACGCUGUCAAGAACUGCCACCAUGGUUGUCGCUGUGAGGUGGAAAGCUUUGGCCUGUUUGACAGCUUCAGCCUGACCAGGGUGGACUGCCGAGGGUUGGGACCCGCCACCACCAUGCCCAUCCCCAUCCCACUGGACACUGCCCACCUAGACCUGUCCUCCAACGCCAUGGGCCCGCUCAGUGACACUAUGUUAGCUGGUCCAGGCUACACCACCCUUGUAAGCUUGGACCUCAGCAGCAACCUUAUAACAAAGGUAACACCCAAUGCUUUAUCCAAGCUGCGUUACCUGGAGUCUCUGGAUCUGAGCCACAACAACCUGGAGAGCCUCUCCCCGAGCUGCUUCUCCAGCCUCCCUCUGGCUGAAGUUGACCUCAGCCACAACAGCUUCCAAGAGUUCAACAUGGAUGUGUUCGCCCCUAAAAUUAAUGGUCAACCUGUCAGCGUGGAUCUGUCUCAUAACAAGCUUGUUUCAGUCUCCACAACUUUGCAAGUGUUACACAUUCAAAGCUUAAAUUUGUCAGCAAACCGGAUGUUGAGCAUACCGAGGCUGGCAGGACUUCCUCUGCGGUACCUCAAUCUGGAUGGUAACCCCAUCACACAGAUCAAGGAGGGAGCUUUUGCUCAGCUGAAAGAUCUGGGUUAUUUAUCCAUCAGUGGCCUCCAUGAACUUCAGGAGAUCGAGCCGUACAGCUUUAAGGGCCUCCAGAACCUGCAAGUUCUGGAUCUCUCAAACAACCCCAAGCUCAAGACUCUAAACCCUGUGGUUUUCAGCGGACUAGACUCCCUGCAAGAGCUGAAUUUGUCUGGCUCUGGUGUAGUGUCCUUGCCAAAUAACAUGCUGACCCACCUGCCUAGUAUUAAGAGUAUUACACUGGGCCAAAGCAUCUACUGCUGGAGGACCCAGAAACAGGGUCAGUUUCACCGGCAGCUGGGUCAGGUCCAACACAACGACGUGCUGAACUGUAAUGUGGAGGGCAUUGUGCUGUGAAACGGUGACUGUAGAAAUUGACCACUCCUUAAGGAGCCAGUGUACUCCAUCAGAAGUGCUUGUCGGAUGGAUGAAUGGCUUCGAAAACCCCCUCUCCUUACACCAUUUCUACGUCGAAAAUAACUAUUAAGACUUUUGAUUGGGAUAAAUAACCCUCCUACAACCAAGUUCUGAUUGACCAUACCCUGGCCCUUACAAUCCUGAUACCAGAGCUGUGCCUUAUCUGCUUAAGCAAAACUAUUUUUUUGUGUUCCUUUCACCCUAUUACCUCUGUUCCGAGGUAAGCCUUUGGAAUAUGUCUUAAAGGUUUAAAGUAUCCUUCAUGAGCUCUGAGCAAUGGAGUAUCAUACAUGCUGUACCUUUAGAAAAACAAUAACAAAAUGUACAGCAUUCUACACAGCACAUAUACAUUUAUUUUACAUCUUAACAUGAAGCCUCAACUGGUAGAGAACCAUUACUAAAUCAAACCAAGUAUUAUGCAUACGUUAUGUACUUCAUUUACAGUGGGACCAUAGUAAGAGCUUUUUUCAAUUAUUCCAGUUGCAAAUAGCUGUAAUUUAUAUAAUGCACUUGAAACAUGGCCUUAAUUUCAUCCAGUACUAUACACCUUAUGUGCAUUGCUCAUAAUAUCCACACUGAAGAAUAUUUUACAACUGUUGACCACUAAGCUGUUUUAUUUGACUUUGAAUGUGAUGCUUUAUUGAAACCAUUAAAGGGAUAGUUAGACAUUUUGGGUAAGGUAUUUACACUUAUGUUUUCUAACCGAGAGUUAGAUAAGAAGAUUCUCAUGUUUGUUUGUUCAAUGUGAAGCUACAGCCAGCAGCUGGUUAGCUUAGCACAAAGACUGGAAACAGGGAAACAGUUAGCCUGGCUCUGUCCAAACCUCUAAUUAACAUGUAUAUGGUUUGUAUUAAAUAAUAGAACAACUGCAUUUAUAAUAUGUGUGUAGAAUCAAUGGUUGUGGUUGUCUAGGAGGACAACUUCCUGGAGUCUUGUCAUUGUGGCCAUUUAAAACCCCAACAACCUGUUGUUUUUAUGUGUCCCCCCUGUGUCCAGUCUUAAUGCUAAAAUAAUUUACUGGCUGUAGAUUUACCAUACAGACAUUUUAUAUGUGUCUCCCAAAACCAGACAUCCUUUAUUCGGCAGGGUCUGGGUGGGAAACUUAAAGUAACCAGUAACGUGUAACUGUUGAGGACAAAGAUCUCUUGUAACUCAACUAAAAUGACCAUUUUAUUACUUGAAUUUUUUAUAAUGACCACCAGCCCAAAUCUGACAUCUUGUCCAUUAUGUUUGGGCAAUGUACCUUCAAAAUGACACAAGUUUGGUGUACAACUUUUGCAUAUGAGGUCAAUGCACCCUUUGACAUGGUGCUCAAUGAGUUUUUGAGAUAACAGAACAAGAAAACAAGCCGUGACCAGGUUGACCGGGGUUUAUUUUGACCCGCUGUUAAAUCAAACUCCAGUUGAACAAGACACUGAAACAUGACAACUUUUCCAUACUAGGCAGUGGAGUUAUGCACUGUGUGUUCAACUUCAUCUUGGCAUUCCUGUAGUAUUUUGGUGGACCUAAGAUGAUGAUCAGCCUUGCACAUUAGGGUUUUUGAAUGUUUUCUGCCGGCCAAUCAGAAAUUACCUCCUCCAAGUCUCCAUUUGGCUGAAAUUGGGACCCACACAGUCAGUAGAGUUGUGUCAAUUUCCAAUCCAGUGUAUGAGGCUAAACCGGUUGAACUGGCAUUUGUGAAGGCUUUAGGCCUUUAGUGUUUUGGUUUUUCGAUGAGCCCGGUCUUGGUGUACGUAUGUAACUAAAUUGUAUAUAACUUUAUAUAAAUCACAUGGGUAAUUAAUUGACUCCUCUCACACUUGUUGUUUGAUGACUGCUGUUUGUCCUGUGGGACGUAAAAUUGGCCGAAACAAUUCUUAGGUGUGCCAGCAAAGGAGAACAAACACAUGCAGUAUUUACUGACUCACUUUUUACAGCUCAGCAACAUGUUGUCUAUAAAACAUUCUUGCUUUAUUUACUUAAAACUGUCUGGAUACACAGACAGUUUUUAAGUUUUUUUUUUUGCAGGUUUGGCAGAAGACUGUGCUAAACUGGGGCUGCUAACUUGCCAAGGAGGUGACUGGGAAGGAGACAGGAAGAGAUAGAGCUGGGUUUCAGUCAUGGCAGCUUACAGAUCUCCUGUGGUUUAGUCCGGUGAGACAGAGAACACGUUAUGCCCUUCUUCCUGUGACACAUCUUUUAAAUUUAAAGAACCAGAAACAGACAAAUUAAGGCUGACUAAGCCAAGGGGUUUUCACAGAUUGCAUCAUAUUUGUGCUCUACAUGUUACAACCUGAACAUUGAGCAUAAGAAUAUAGAGGAUCUUUAGUAGCCAAGAUCUCUCCAAUGGUCUUGCACUUGAGUCUGUUAAUGCUUAUGGGUUGUGAAAAGCCCUUAACGGACUGACCCAAUGGCAGAAAACAUUUCCAGAUGUGUUUGUAUGUUGUCCAUCUCCCGAAGCACUGGCAUGACAUUCAAGGAUCCAGCAAGCCAUCAAAAACUGUCCUAGCAACAUUCAGUAGCGCAGAAAUAAACGCUCACUACAACAACUGCAAUAAAAUCGCAAAGACAUCCAGGGAAUACAACAGCACAACAAAUCAUGUUACAGAUCAAAAGUGGGGGAUUUCUUUUCCACAUUGGUCCAAUGAUUGUAGCUUUUUAUUUCUGAACAUAAAGUCUGAUUUUGAAUUAUGAAAUUUCAGUGGAUGAGAACUCAGUCAGAAAGCUGCUCUGAAUCCGACCAGCUCACAUGUCUCUUUACUUCCAUGUCUACUUAGUUUGCUCCUAACAAUGUCUCACUGUCUAGUCUGGGACAUGCAAAGAUGUGUUAACGUGCAAACGGCAUGAUACAUUACAGGCUAGCUAGGUGACAAAAAUGAUGUGUCUACGGCUCUGUUUGGAGAAAACACAACAACAUCAUGAAAGACGAUUUGUAAGAAUACCUCUAAUAAUUUUUCACAGUUAGUGGAGAUGAACAAGUUUCUCUCAGAGCUGGAAUCAACAGAGUUCUUGACAGUAAUGUUGACAUUUUGACAUUUAAUUGUAAAGUGUUCUCUAGCAGGAAGUUCAUUUCUCAUGAAGGUAAAAAAACAGACGCGUUCAAAUCCGCAGAGCAAUGACUAUGUAGAAAUGAUGUGUUUGAUCUGCUCAUGACAUCUUGUGGUUUGAAGUAAUGUCAUCACAUGAACACGGUACAGUCAUAAGAACAGGGACAGUAAUCAGGAGAACAAGAGACCCUUUUUAGGUGGAUAAAUUUGACACUGGGUCAGUUGAGGCCUUGAGUGAGGUAGGCCAUGUUUUCAGUUAUCUGAAGUCUGAAAAAAUAGUAUUUGCACGUCUGAUGUGCACAUGUGGUGUAAUCGCUACUAAACAAACAGCAGUUCACAUUUGUGUAAGUUUGAGCAAUAUUAAACAAGAUUGAAUUCCUGCCUCAGCUUUUACUGAAUUAAAAAGUGACAUCAUCUA